AUGGGGGUGGCGGGGCUCUCCCUUCUGCUGGUGCUCAGCCUCGAGGUGCUUCUGGCCCCCACAGAUUGCCUCCAACCCCGGGCAGGCUGGCGCUUCGCCUCCUAUGAAGUGGUGAUUCCUUGGAAGGUGCCUCCCCAAACUGGCAUCGCCGAGGUUUCAGGAAGGCACACGUACAUUCUGUACGUAGAGGGUCAGAAACGAGUGGUGCACCUGAAAGUUAGGAAGCUCUGGAUGCCCCGACAUCUCCCAGUGUUCACUUACAACGACCAGGAAGUUCUCACAGUGGACCUGCCCUUCAUCCGUGAUGACUGCUACUACCAGGGUGUUGUGGAGGGCAUCCCUGAAUCCGUGGUGGCCCUAAGCACCUGUUCUGGAGGCCUCCACGGGAUGCUAAAGAUGGAGAAUCUCACCUACGAGAUUGAGCCCCUCUCCACCACGAUCACUUUUCAGCAUCUGGUGUAUCGUUUGGAGGAACUGGAGGAUAGUGGACUUAAAAUGAAAUGUGCCACAACUGAUGAGGAACUAAGUGGUCACAGCUUUCAAGGACUUUCAGACAUUGUACCAGAAACUCUAACCAAGGGGGAUACUUGGGCACCCACCAGAUUUGUGGAGCUGGCUGUUCUGGUAGACCAUGAACAAUUUAUCUUCUUAAAUCAAAACAAAACAAAAGUGCUGGAGCAGGUUUUAAACAUAGGUCAUAUAGCUGACAUCCUCUAUGACCCACUGCGAAUUCAUAUAUUUUUGGUGGGCCUAGAAAUAUGGACUCAAGGUAAUCUAAUUGACAUCAUAGGUCCUAUGUGGACAGUUGCUUUGGAUUUUCAUAUGUGGCACCAGAAAACUCUUCCAGGACGCUUACAGAUGGUAGAAAAUGGAGAGGAAUGUGACUGUGGGUCGGAAAAGGAUUGUAAACAGGAUCAUUGUUGCCAAUCCGAUUGUAGACUGUCUCCUGGUGCUGAUUGUGCCUUAGGUUGUUGUAAGAAUUGUAAGGUUGUUCCAGCGGGGCAAUUAUGUAGAGCUCAGAUCAGCAACUGUGACCUUCCAGAGUACUGCAAUGGAGUUUCACCCUGGUGCCCAGCAGACACAUAUGUGCUCAAUGGAAGCCCAUGUGGAGAUAGUGCUUUCUGUUAUGAGAAAUAUUGUCAAGGCCUUGACCAACAAUGCAGAAGUAUCUUUGGUCAAAAGGCAAAAAGUGGUUCCUUAAAAUGUUUCAGGAAAAUCAACAUGGAAGGAGACCAUUUGGGUAACUGCAGCCUUUUGGGGGACAAAUAUAAGAAAUGUGCUGAAGAUCAUAUUUUAUGUGGAAGAAUACUGUGUGAAAAUGUAAUAGAAAUCCCUGUUACAGAUUUUGUCAGCAUCUUUCAGAUGAAUGUUAAUGGUACCACCUGCUGGGGGACAGAUUAUCACUUUGGGAUAAGAGGUAUUGAUAUUGGAAAAGUGAAAGAUGGAACAAGGUGUGGACCGAAGAAAAUGUGUAAGAAUAGGAAAUGUGUCGAUAUUCCAGAAGAAAAGGAUGAAUGUAAUGCAACAAAAUGUCAUGGCAGAGGCCUGUGCAACCAUAAUCAGAAUUGCCACUGCCUGUAUGGAUGGAAUCCUCCCUAUUGUAAUUUUAAAGGCUAUGGGGGAAGCAUUGACAGUGGACCUGUGCGCCCCCCCCAAAAUUCAGUAAACUCUUGA